CAUGUGAGAAAGAUGUUUUGCAUGAAAGCUAAUCUCUAACAUACAGCGCGAUAAGAAGAAUCUCUUGCCAGAGAUUGGAAGAAGCUCCGAGGCCACAGAGUUACUUCUUUUGUCUUCUUCAAAUUACCUUCCUACUGUGUCGAGUUGCCCAGUAACACAUCAGACAUGAUGAUGACUCUGUUCCAACUCCUGUUAUUCACAGGCAUUGUCCCCUUUGUCCUGUCUGCCUCCCGUAAGUACUAUUUGAUCCAGGAGAUGAAAACAUGGCAUGAUGCCCAGGCUUACUGCCGAGCCACACACACUGACCUGGCUAUCAUCAAAAGCCUUCAUGACAUGGUCCACUUUCAGAAUGAAGCACAGAGGCAAAGUUUCAAUACAGAAGCUUGGAUUGGCCUGUACAAUGACAUCAACAGCUGGCGCUGGUCCUUUAACAGUGAGCCACUAAGAGUUCAAUGCUGGAUAUUGGGACAGCCUGACAACGUCGACGGACAUGAAGAAUGUGGCGUGACAGGGUUGCUCGGUUGGUUUGAUGCAUCGUGUGACAAGUUAAAAUCCUUUCUGUGCUUCGAUGCCAGGAACCUUGCUCCUGCCAGGUACAUUUACAUCUCUGAACUUCAGAUGACCUGGUACGAUGCUCAGAGUUACUGCAGACAGCAUUACACAGACCUGGCCAUCAUCAACGACUUGCCUGAAGGUUUAAAUGUUCAGAGCAUGUUGCCUAAUGACGCUUGGUUAGGCCUGUUCCGAGACUCCUGGAAGUGGAUAGAUGAGACCAACAUGUCCACCCUUACAUGGGGUCCUGGGCAACCUGAUAAUAUGCACAAAAAUGAAAAUUGUGGUUUUGUAACUAACAGCCAGGCAGCUGAUGCGCCGUGCUCAGACACAAAGCCUUUCUUCUGUUACGCAGAAAUCUCGGAAAGAAAACAAACCGUAAGACUGAAGAUCCAGUUCAAACAGAAUGUAAUUGUUCCCGCAGUAAAGGCAGCCAUCUUGGAGAAAAUUAAACUGAAACUGAUGGAGUAUGGGAUGGCAGAGAACACCACAGUGAAAUGGAUAGAGCAGCCUGGUGGUGUGGUGUUUCACAAGGAAGAGCGUAAUAAUAAUGAUGCAGAAUAUGAACCUAAGAAUCAUGUGACGUCUAAAUCUUGAGCCAUGUCUCAUAUCGCUUACUUAUGUAAUGCAUUAGUGGUUUUUUUAGUGUAAGUUGUUUGGUUGCACUGUAAAUUUAACAGUAGGAACUGGACUGGGUUUUGUACCAUGCCUUCACCUCCUGUUCUGAAAUUACUCAGAAACGGGGGCAGAGCCAUGGGAGGGGUAAACUUUUUAAAAUGGCUGAUGCAUAUGUGUUUAUCAAUUCUAACUGGACGCAAUGAGUUUUAUCUACAAGUUAUUCAAUGAAUUCAAUCAAUUUUCAUAUUAAGGUAUAUUGGGUGUAAAGCUAAUUUAAAUAAAAGAAGAGACAAACACAAAAUAAGCUAAUAUCAAUUUACAUACUGCCAUAAAAGGCAAUCUUUGUUACCUUUAACAAAAGCCUGCUAAUUAUUUGUACUUUGUUUUUAUUAAUAAGUAGAUUGGACUACUGUAAUGCUUUCUUUUCUGGUCAAAUUAAAUUAAAAAACAAGAAAUUAGCUGUGUCUAAUUCAACAGCUGAUCGAGAAUGAGAAAGAGAUCACAUGUUGCGCGAAUUUUCAAGUCUGGUUAGUUAGUUUCCUUAUUGAUUUAAAAAUUCUUUUAUUAGUUUGCAUGUGGUUAUGUGUGGGGAAAAGCUCUGAAGGUGUAAACCAGUCCAGCCCCUCUGACCUGUUCAGAGGAACUUCUUAAAUGUAAAAUCAAAACUUCCAUGUUUAACUUUGGAUAUAGUUAAUAAGACUUUUAAUUCAUAUUGCUUUUAUUAUAUUUUGUAGUCUUUCUGUUAAUGAUUAUAUUAUAUAUUUUUAGUUUGAUGUAUGUAUUUACUUUUAUUCAUGUUUAUAUUAGUCUUGGUCAUUUUUUUCUGUUUUUUU